AUGGGCACGAAGACAGGCCAACGCGCACACGCAGGUAACUACAAGAAAAUGGGCAAAAUUGCAAAAAUUGAGUACUUCCGGGUGCCGCCGCGGUGGCUGUUCGUCAAGAUCACCGACGAUGCGGGGAACGUAGGAUGGGGUGAGGCAUCGCUUGAAGGCCACACCCAGGCGGUUGAAGGCUGCUUGGAUGCUUGGAUUUCGCAGUACACUGGAAUGGAAGCCGAUGAGAUUGAGCAGAUUUGGCAAAAGUCUUGGCGCAUGGGCUUCUACAGAGGCGGUCCCGUAUUCAUGAGCGCUCUGGCUGGACUCGACAUUGCUCUUUGGGAUCUCAAGGCCCGGAAACUCAACGUUCCUAUCUACCAGCUGUUGGGCGGCAAGGUGCGAGAUACGAUCAAAGUGUAUGCAUGGAUUGGCGGCGAUCGGCCCGCCGAUAUUGAAGCGCAAGCGCUGUCGCGCAAGGCGCAAGGGUUCACUUGCGUCAAGAUGAAUGGCACUGAAGACUUGGCUUGGCUCGACUCCCCUGCUGCACUUGACGCCUGCGUCGAGCGUGUCAAGACGGUCAAGGCGACGGGCAUGGAUGCCGGCGUCGAUUUCCACGGACGAGUGCAUCGACCCAUGGCUAAGCAGUUGGCAGCACUGCUGGCUCCGCAUCGGCCGCUCUUCGUGGAGGAGCCUUUGCUGUCGGAACACAUUGAAGGCAUCAAGGCAUUUGCCCAAUCUACCACGACACCCAUUGCACUGGGAGAGCGACUUCACAGCCGAUGGGAUAUCAAGCCGUACCUCGAGGCGGCGUGCGUCGACAUUCUGCAACCGGACAUUUCUCACGUUGGUGGCAUCUCAGAGCUUCGUCGCAUCGCCGCCAUGGCGGAAGCAUAUGACGUGCCCAUUGCACCGCAUUGCCCCUUGGGUCCGAUUGCGCUCGCCGCCAACAUCCAGGUCGAUGCAGCGACGCCUAACUUUGCGAUCCAAGAGAUGAGCCUCGGCAUCCACUACAACACGGGCGGCCACGACCUGCUCACCUACAUCAAGAACCCGGAGAUUUGGAAUGUCGAGAACGGGUACAUUCCGUUGAUGGCAGGGCCGGGUCUUGGUAUCGAGAUAGACGAGGAGAAGAUCAGAUUGUUAAGUCAGGGUGCUGAGCCGUGGGUCAGUCCGGGCUUCGUCGGACCGGGCGGCGAGCUGCGAGAAUGGUGAAGAGUUCUAGACACAUCCUUUUUGCUGCAGGGGAAUCCAUUUCCGGCAGGCCAUUUCCCUCCAGCCUUGCGGGGGUUAAGGGAUCAGGGACCAGGGUGCUUCGUACAUUGCAUGGCGUUGUAAGAAUCAAACGGGGGUUACUUCGCGCGUUCGAGGCACAGCUCUUCAUAGGACCAUCCACACCAACUGGUGAGACCAGAGCCGCCGUCCCCUGAACUGACUAGCCACGAUUCGUUAGUCUCCGUUCCCCCGGUAGAGCAUACUGUGAAAAGGCUGUAGGGCAUUGUCCCGUGGUUCCAUCUAUCGGAUGGCCUCCCAAGCCUCCCCCGCGAACGAAACCCCGCGUCUUUCUCCCCGC